GUCCGCUUCUCCACCAGAUCUGUCGCCGGGCUUCUCUCCCCUGACGGCGGCGGCGGCGGCGAUUUUUCUCUGUUCCUCCGCCAUGGCAUUGCGUCCACGCGUUGUCGCCCUCAUAGUCGUCCUACUUCUACUUUCAGUGGCGGAUCUUGCUUCCUCGGAGAUCUCGCCGUCGCCCUCGCCGGCCGCCGGUGGCCCGAUCCGGUCGCCUCCUGCACCCCCUCCGGUGAUUUCUUCCUCACAGACUCCUCUCUCUUCUCCACCGCGCAAAACCCCUCUGUCUCCACCUCCCGAGGCGCCGUCCCAGACCCCGAUCCCACCCACGGCAAGGAUCCCCGCGCCAGCGCCCAGCGACGCGGUCCCGGGUGCGGCAGCCAGCGAGAGCGCAACGGGUGAUCAGGGAGGAGGUAGCGAUAUGGGCGGGAGGAAGAAAGCGGCGAUCGCGGUGGGUUUGAUACUGGCGGCAGGGCUCCUCGCGGCCGCGGCGGCGGUCUACAAGAAACGCCGUGACAACGUCCGGCGGUCCAGGUACAGCCACGCCACUCGCAGAGACAUUCUUUGAGAUUCGUAAGACGAAAACCAUGGACUCUUCCAGAAGACUGAGUUUCAAUUCUUUUCGUUUUAGAUUAUGCGAAGAUUUUUUUCUCAGUGUCCCGAGAUGCAUAUAUUCACUAGGCAUUAUAUACAUAGUUUGAUUCGGUUAUGUCUUUGCUAUAAAUUCGUUCUGCGUUCUUUCUGUUCA